CGGAGCUGGUGGCCACGGCGUAGGAUGUGCUGGAUGAUGUGACGGUCCCAUCAGCUGCUCUUGACGUUGUAAAAUCCUAUUGGAAGUUUUCAGCAACCCUGAUAGAGGAUGGACAGCAGGAUUGCACCAGGGAAACAAAAAAAAAAGCUUCUCCAGUGUUUUUUUUCCUGCAAAGACCAUUCUUAAGAGCUCGUUGGACAGCGCGGGGCUCUUGAAGUGAUAGCUAAUUGGUGAAAGAAAGGCCCCGAUUGUCUUGAGGGAGCUGGAAAGUGCUGCGUGUGCUGCUGAAAAGGGACUAGGGAGAAGGUGCCUGGUUUCGCCGAGCAGCUGCUGCUGGAGAUGUUUGGAGAUUACAUCAGCAUUGGAAAAAAGGGGCAAAAAAAAAAGAGUCCAACUUCACAGAGACGGAGUUUAUGGAGUUUUCCCCCCCCCCCGCUUCCAAAGUUCUUCUGACAAUACUGUCAUUGUCGAUAUAAGAGUUGUUAAUUCUUUAUGAAUAGCACAUGGGGCCUCUUGACUAAAUAGUACGUUACAUGUCCCAAAUCUGUCAGCUGGACUCUUCUCUCACAUGCUAGUGAGAUCACUUUGAUUGGAAUGUUACAGGAAUUGCUGGGCUGGCCGUGCAGAACUGAAUGCUGCAUUAUAUAAUUAGAUCUCCCAGAGUAUUUUUUUCGCAUUACCUCAUUAUUCUAGCUUAAAUAUGGAAUCAGCCCUUUUGAUGGGUUUGCUGGUUGUAAUUAUAUUAAUACGAUUCAUUUUGUGGUCCUGUCUUAGUGCUUAUAUAGAUUAUAAACUGUCCCGAAGGUUUCCUGAUGCAAUAAAAGAGGACUAAGAGACUUCAAAAGGCUUGUUCGGAUUUAAAUUGACAAUGGGGAGAACUGGAUAAGGUAAAUGGAGCUAGGGCAGAUUUUACCUUGGGAUCUGAUGAGAGAGAAAUGACCUGUUGAGGUUGCAACUGAGUGAAGAUUCUUCAGAAAGCCUCAUGUUGACAGAAUGGGGAAAAAAACAAUGACAACUGAUUGAGUUGAUGACUUCCUAUCAAACUUGGGGUAUGAAUUUGAUGCUGGAAACAGACUUGUGGACUUUUGCCAAUUGAAUGAUCUGGACAAGCUGGAAGGAAUCCUAUUGUUGGGUAGUCCAAACCUGCCCGUGGCCCAGUCUUGAUGUGUGAAAUGGGACAGCCUGCUGCCCGCUGGACUGACUGCUGGUCUGUAUGUGAAGAUCUCAGCUGCCUGGAUGCAACAAGUGACCAUGUCCCAGUGAAGCUGAAGAUCCCCGGCCCAGCUCAGCAUCCAUGUGCUGUGCUCUGGACUCGUGGGAGUGGAUUUUUUUACCUGAUUGGCUCAUUCGUUACCAAAUUCCUUGUGAUUCCUCCUGAUCAGUUGGAUGUGGAACUGACUGAAUUAUUUUAACUGCUUUGCAUGGAGUUUGGACUCCAAAACCCUGCAAAAUACCUUCUGUUCUAGCCUUUGAUAAGGAACUUAUUAGGACACCAAAGGACAUCAGGGUCAUAGUGACAUAGAAUUUUUUGGUUAACUCGUCUUGCAAAAGAACAUAAUGGGUUCCAAGUGAACUAUCUGCUUUCAAAUGAAAAUCAUACUAAGUCAAACAUCCAAAAAUCUUACUGCUUGUACAACUCAAUUUAACAUCUACUUUUAAGAACUCGUUUUUUCUACAAAAACCAACAGCAUUCCCAUAAAGACUUUCUGGCCCAUUCAUGACUUGCACACUCCUACAGGUGAUAUUAAGAUCCAUUUAUAAAUGUUAUAGAGAGUCUAUGAACUUUGUCUAUGCACACUCGGCAGUUACGUACAUACAGGUAUGUGUGUGGAUGUGUGUACAGGCAUGUGUGUGCACCUAUAUUUUCAUAUAGGAAUGUUAAUAUUUGAACAUGAUAGCAGCCUUUCCCACUUUAAGCUGCUCAAUCUUGUGUAGUUCUGAAAGAAAAAUGAUGAAUUUAGCUCCUUAAGUAACUGAAAUUGCAAAAUGACAUUUACAUUGAUGUGUUAGGACUGUGUUAAUUUGUGGUGACCAGUAUAACCAAUUUUAUAUAAAGAUAUAUAUUCAUUUAUAUUUAUUUAUAUAUUUAUUUAUUCAUACCUAUUUUUAUAUUUAUUUAUUUUCCCCUACAGGCCUCAAAAUAUUUCUGAGCUUUAAAAGCUGAAUUGAUUGUAAAUAUCCUGUCAUCUGCAAAUGUAAUUUCUGUCCAACAUCUUGUAAGGUGCAAAAAGUUGGCAUUAUGGACUGUUUAUGUGCCAUCCACUUAAACAAUUACUGUCAAACCACGUAAACCAAACUGCAGUAAGACUCCCUUAAAUGGACCUGGCAUUGCAACAGGUGGUCUAAUUACUUUAGGUUCUUUUGCUGAAUUAUUGCACAGUAUGAAAUACUCUGGGAUUGAAGUUUGCGCGAACAAGGCUUUCAAUGUUCCAGAAAUGGAAAGAUGGAGUAUGAAAGACAGAGCUUUAUGAAGACUGAAGUUUUGAGUGCAGUGAUGAGGAAAUUAGUUCUGUCUUUGCCUGUCAUUAAGUUCUAAAUGAAAACACUUAGCAGUUUGUUUUCUUUGCUUUUUGGCUGCUUACCUGGAGAUCCUGGGUCUAAUUUGCCUCUGUGCCAAGCACUAGCGGCUGCAGAUUGUCAGUUUAACAAAUAAACUAGUACCAGUUUAACAAAUAAACUGAUACACUGAGAAUUCAAAUUCUGAGAAUCUGAAUUGGGACAUCUGAAAUAAAUAGAUACAAAAAGAGUAUGUCUUCUGUGCUUUGGUUUCUUAUUGCCAAAUGAGAUAACGUGUAUAUAACAAAUGUUAAUCAACAUCUGCAAAACACAUAAACAUUAAAGGACAUUCAGGAGGAAAUUAAUUAUUCUUGCACAAGGGAUCAAGCACUGAUGAUGAAGAAAACAUGACAACUCAUUAAGCAAGCACUAUCCAUCCUGUCUGUUGAAUAUGGGUGGAAUACCUUGGAAAAAAAUAAUCUACAUGGCAAAUGAGUGUAACAAAAUGGAGGGGAAAUAGCUUUUCCUCCUGAGAUGAAUGGCCUGCUUUGUCUGGUACCACUUAGUUUCUAGAUCUAGUUCAAGCUUGAGUGUGUGAUAGAUGUGGAGCUUCCAGCACUGAGAUGGAAGUGCUCUGGGUGUAAGCAAAAGAAAUAAAAAAGGAAAAUUUGAUGUAGAAUAGAAAUAUCCAUAGCAUUCAGGGAAGUUUUGAGGUUUGCAUGUUGGUCUUAGAUCCCUAGACUGCAUAUCAGUAAUACAUGCCGAAAUCCCAGGCCCAGGUGAGUUUGGAGCCCAGGUCCCAUAUUUAAAGUAGUGCUUGAACUUAGGACUGGCCUAUGUGACUUAAGAGACCGUUUUCCUGACUGCCUCCCCUUUGAGAACUGGCAGCCUGAAUUAAAACUCUUCGUCAGAAUUUCUUACUGAUACUCAUGAGGUGGAUAGUCUCUCUUUUCUUCCUUUAAGAAAAUUUGUUUAUUUGCCACUAGGUUAUAAAAAAAAUUCCCCAAAUAAUUACUACUGUUUUCUAGACUUCCUUAUGUGCUAAUAAUUCUCCGAGUUCCCCACGUGCUUGUAUUAAGACAAGUUCAUGGAAGAAGGAUUCAUCAAGGGCUAUCAAAUGCAGGGCAUCCUUGUGCUACAGAAUGUUGAAAUCUGAAGAGGAUAUUGAAGAAGUAUAAAUGUGUGCUUGCUCUAUUCUUAGUCUCUUCUUAGACAUCUACUGUUGAUCGUGGUGGGACAUGGUGCAGAGUUAACUGCUUCUGCAGGGUUCUUCUUUACAGGUCCAGGACACUCUGCCUUUGCAUCUGAAAAAUAUGAAUCUGUCCUUUACGUUAUUUAGAACUGGUCAGUGGGACAAAUGCUUAUAGAGGGCUGGAAGAAGCCCCAGCAAAACAGUGAGUACCGAAAGGAUGAAGAGGAAGAUGGCAGUGAGGAUUAUGAGCUACCUGAGGACAUGUGACUUUAAAUUAACCCUUUCUAUACCAAUCCCAGAGCAGGUACUUCCAGCUGCACACCUCUGCGCCUCUGGUAGUUGAUGAGAUAUCUGAUUUUAUGUCUGCGCUUGCUGGCUCUUUCUUUAGACAUGCUUUCUUUGGCAUGCAUCUCAGACCGAAUAUAGCGACUUCCAGGUUUUUAAUCCUUGCAAAAUGUCUCCCACCACGCCUACAUUUAAAAGGGCGCAGGAUCCAGUUUGCUAAUUUGUUCCUAGGCAGUUAAACUACUUUACGUGAGCUACAUAUCAUAGAAUAGGUUUAAUAUACUAUUUUAAGCAUAUGUGAAUAGUGUUGUGUAGGGGGACAUAUCUUUAUCUGUCUCUAAUUGGAGGUCGUCCUUUGUGUAACCCUGUAACGUUUUAGACUAUUCUGGGAAACCCCAUGGCCCAAGUACUAUGGAAUGUAGUUAGGAAAAACAGUGUUUUCUCAAAUAUUUCAGAUGUGGAAUAUUUAUUUUGUAGCCAGAGAAACUUGUUUUGUUGCCAAGCAACUGACCAUGAGUAGGAUCUGCUGCCAACUGUACUUGAAAAAGGAAAAAGAGCCUUCUUACCUCUCCUCAGUCUGCAUGUGAGCAUUUACAGGGCAGUGAAGAGAAAUUUAAAUGUAAAGUCUGUGUGACAGGAUUCCUUGCUAGAAGCCUCAGGUCAGUUAGGUCUUUUCCAUCUGCCUUCCAAUUGGUCAUAUAUAAUUGACAGAAGAAGCCAUGACUGAAAAUAUUGGUGUGGGAAAUCCAGUCACUUUCGAAAGUUUUCCGUUUUGAAUUCUGCUCCAUCAGAGCCCAAGGUAAUGGAGUUUUAUUGUUUGCUCUUUGCUGGCCUUCUGGGCCAAAGGCACGACCUUAGAACCAACUUGGAAUUCUGCUCAGACUAUUUUAUUGACUUGAUAGGCAGGCACUUAGGCAGGCAUCCAGAUCUUCAAAUACUGUUUCUUUCAGAUUUCAAGUACUCAAUCUGGUUUUCAGAGCUAAAGAUGCUCAACUUGCACUCAAUGGAUGAAGGUUAAAAUGGGACAUAUAUGCUUGUAGCAAUGUGGUUUUAACCAUUUCAGCACAAGCAAACACUCCCUACUGCACAAAUCCGCUAAACGAAAAGUAGCUACUUGGGGAGUUGUCUGUUUGUAAGGCAACCUGUCCGAUUUACUGGAUUUAGCUUGAAAAAACAGUCAUUCUGGAUUAAGCUUGAUGAAUUGAGAUUCAUUCCUUGCAAUGGGUAUGCCUGCAAUGAAUGCUUCCAUCUUUGCUUCCAGUCUUCGGCCUCUAUCAACUGUAAUAAUGGCAAAGAAUAUUCAUUAAAUGCUCUUUUAAAAUAUAAUGGUUGGACUCGAUGGUCUUAAAGGUCUUUUCCAAUCAAAAUGAUCCUAUAAAUGGCCUGUUCAGCCACAUGUGGACGCAGUACAAAGUGCUACUCACAUUAACAUUGCUUGAUAGAAGAAUCGGGCUUGUAGCUCCGUCUUAUGGAGAAGUAGGUCAAGAAAUUGUACAAAGAUGCAAGACAGAGCUGUGAAAUUGGGGGUAUAGGAGUAGUCUCAGUGAUAUUUCAGAUAUGAUCUAUAAGUAAUGUUUCUCAUAGCAUGAAUCUUUGGGGGUUUCUCAAAGUUGUCCAGUUAUUUAUCUGUGUUUCCACUGUGCAUUAGUUUAUCUGUUUCUUGUGUGUAUAGUGCACUUCCAUGCUUCACUGCCUGCUUUGGAGAUGAUGCUUGGGUUUCUUCUGGGAGAGGUCAGAUGCCAAAUUCUUUGUUUCAAGCACAAAAGGAGCUUGGCCAUCAUGCUGCUGUUCAGCCUCCUAAAGCUUCUUCUCCAACCUUGGCUCUUCUUUCCAUUUUGUCCUUCUAAUUCAGAAUAAUGCCUGUCAGUUGACCUCGUUUAGCAGUCAAGGCUCCACAUGGUGGCAUCACCUGUUCUGCGGCUUCAUCUUCAGCUGCUGGUGGAGUUUGUGUGUGCACAUGGUAGUUUGGGUAACUUCUGUGAUCAUGGAUGAUUUUAAAAUUCUGAUGUUAUGUGCGGCAUUUUCAUAGCUCGUGUGAAUUACUUGGAACGUUCAAGUAGUGGAUUACUUCAAAAAAAUGCUAUUUCAAAUUUAUUUUGAAUCAUAUAAAGAUGAUCAUCAUUCUUCAGUAAGACAGCAAAAGAUUUGCUGAAUGUGAAAAUAAAGGUGCUUAUCACGUUUCUGAUGCGUUUGGGGGAAUUUAUCUCUCCCAAAUUUUACUCAUGUUUUUCUCUAGCUAAGAGUAUGUGUAACGUCUGUGCUGAUGAGUUUGGGAUUUUUAUUAACAUAGUUUCAUUUGAGAAAAUUUUUGAGGUUUUGGGCCGGAUUCCAAAAGUGCAGAGUUAUUCAAAGUGUAGUUCUUCACCAUAAAAACAGCUAAACUUACUUUUGGUGUAAAAUAGUGCAUGAGUAUUGGUGAUGAAUUCAGUUUCUGUUAUAUAAGUGUUACUGUAGUAUUAUCAACAAGAAGAUAAGUUCAGCAGUAUAUAAUGACUCUGUAUAACCUUUUGGUAUGAUUAUAUGUACAAAUACAUAUUUACCAUUUACAGGCUGUGGCACAGGUUGGACAGCCCAUGAUAAUAUUUAUUUCUAUUACUUCAAAACAUUUUUUGAAGAUCAGUGUUGGGAGCUCUGAGAUUUCUCUUAAACACAAUUAUGAUCGUUGCCAGAACUGCUGAUGUGAUUCAGACUGGUGAUCCUCUAUGCCGAGCCAUGCAUUUAAUAGUAUUCCUAUUUUAAUACCUCGAGCUCUGAAAACAUGAGAUCCUGUUGUAUGAGUUGCUGUGAUGCUGAAGUUUAGAGCCUCCAAAGAGUACUACAAAGGAGUCAGUGUUUCUCUGCUCUUUGCUAAUGAUUUGCAUGAAUUUUAUAUUAUC